AUGCCGACUUUAAAGAAAACCCAUUGGCAAGUUCCUGCUUCUGAUUUCGCUCGCAAAACCUACAACCCGUUGGUUACUGCAUUUAUGAAGCAUAUAGAUGCAGUUGCUGAAUGUGAUAAACCUAUGAUUAGCGUCUCAGUAGGUGAUCCUACGCUAUUUGGUAAUUUAUUACCGCCAUCAUGCGUCGAGGAGAGCAUAAGCAAGACUCUUAAAGAUAAAAAUGCUUUCACAAAUCCCCCACCUGGAGGAUUUCAAUUUGCUAGAGAAGCUAUUGCUAAGUAUGCAUCUAUACCUGGGGAAUUGGAAGUUUCGUCGAAGAAUGUGUACAUAACUUCUGGGUGUUCAAGUGCUAUUGAAAUAGCUUUGCGUGUUUUAAGCGAUGCCAAUGAUAACAUAUUAAUCCCGUGCCCUGGUUUCACGCUUUAUGGUGUACUUUCCAGACAUCGUGAUGUAGAAAUUAGAGAAUAUAGACUACUGCCAGAACAAUCAUGGAAUGUCGAUUUAGACCAUCUAGAGUCGUUAAUUGAUGAUCGAACAAAGCUUAUUGUUGUUGUCAAUCCGUCUAACCCAUGCGGCUCUGUCUACUCUAAGGAUCAUCUUGAAGAUAUUAUUAAAGUGGCGGAGAAACAUCGGAUACCUAUACUUGCUGACGAAAUCUAUGAAUACAUUUCAUUUCCAGAAAAUCAGUUUUAUCCUCUUGGUGCAGUUUCCAAAAGCGUUCCUAUUCUAACAUGCACAGGUUUAGCGAAAAGAUUUAACGUGCCAGGAUGGAGAUGUGGUUGGCUAGUUGUUCAUGACAGGAAUGGCAUCCUUGCUAAAGAAGUCAUUCCUGGUAUUGAGUCACUACUAGAAGAUUUUUAUUCUUGUUGUUCAAUAAUUCAAAUUCUUUUACCGUCGUUACUUGUCCGAGUAACUGGCGAUUAUUUUAAGAAAACAAUAUCUCUUGUUAAGAAAAAUGCUAAUCUAUUAUAUGACGAAUUAAUUAAAAUUGAUGGUAUAAAACCCAUAAUGCCUGGUGGAUCCAUGUAUAUGAUGGUUGGUAUUGAUGUUGAAAAAUUUAAUGAUAUCGAUGAUGAUGAAACCUGGUCAUUGUUACUCAUCAAAGAACAAGCUAUGACAGUGAUGCCUUGCUCACCAUUAGGUUGUCCAAACUUUGUUAGAAUUUCACUGACGCCGCCUUAUGAAACGAUGCUGAAUAUAUGUCAAAGAUUGACGGAAUUUUGCGUUAGCCAUAAAAGAGCUUAA